AUGUAAGAACAAUAAAUAGUAGCAGGAAUGAGUUUGGAAGACUAAAAACGAUUGGACGAUUUAUUUAAUCAGGUAAUAUGCAAGGCAGAGAACAAUAAUAUGAGAUUUCAUGAGUUCUUGACUUUCCUCUUGGAAAGAGAAAUGAUCACUGCAAAGUUCAACUUCAAUUUCUACUUCAACUUAUAUCAGGAAUACCAUGCCUUGGAGGAGAUAGUCUAAAAAGUUGCUCAAGCUCCAAAGAAAGGAGCCAAGGAACCCAUAAAUAUAAUUAAGGAUGAUACACCAAAAUUUAGCAGAACCAAAUUCUUGAGGAUGAUAGAUGCUUUGGGCAAGGCUUUGCAUUAAGGGUAAAAGAAAUACUUGGAUCUCAUCCUUAAGGAUAUUUUCAUAGAUAAUAAAAAAAAAACAUAAAUCAGAAUGUUGAUACUCGAUGAUCCAAAUCGUAAGUUGCUUCAUGAAUAAGUAAUUAAGACUAUAAUUGCAUAUGAGGAAGACAUUUAAGCUUUAUUUACAAUGUAUUUACCUGAAAAUUAUUAUAAAAAUGAACUCAUGUUAACUUGGAAGGAAAUUAAGUUGAUGAAUCUCAGGAUUCCAAUAUUUUCAUUUAUCCAAAUGCUAUAAGACAUGAACAUCCAUCCUGUUCAUUAUAAUUAUGAGAAUAUUGAAGAUUUAUGCAUGAGAAUAAUACCUGCAAUAACACCAAAAGAAAAUUAAUUUUACUAAUCCAAUUUAAUUUAACAAAUAUGUGAAACAAUCAAUAGUGGAAGAUUCAAACCAUAACAUUAUUCUGGAGAUCCUAAAAUUUCUUAUUUGGAAUUCUAAUUCUUAUUGUGUAAAAUGGCUACAGAUAUUACAAACAGAGAAGUUUAACAGGAUUCAAAGAAAGAAAUUUCACCUUUGAUUAUAAGAUUCUUUACCAAAAUGAUUGAAAUAUAAAAAAAUGGCAAUAGAGUUCAUGAAGAUAAAUCAAAGCAUUUGGCAUUAAUCAAAAAAUAUUAUGAAAUGCAGGACAAAACAGAUGAAUUUGUACAGGAACAAAUUAAUCCUUAAUCUGAAGAAUAGGACAUGAAAUAAUAAAAUUACUUAUUUCUUACUCGUAAACCAGAUUAACUGGAUAUUAAGGAGAUUUGGUAAUUUUUCUAACAAGAUUUACCACCAUUUCCAGAAUUAAAAUCUUAAGUUGAUUUGGCUUAAGAUUUUGUUAAAGCAAUCAAGGAAAAAGAAAAAAGAGAGGAGUUGGCCAGAAAGUUGGAAGAAGACAAGAAAAACAAGAAUAAACCUUAACCUAAAUAACAAUUGAAAAAAGGAGAAUAACCAAUGAAAUAUUGUAUUGACUAAUUAUUAAUAUCUUAGAAUGGGAGCCUUUAGUAUAGCCACCAAGAAUCUGUACUUAUUAAUAUUUUAUUGACUUUGUAAAAAAAACUAAACCUAAAUGAAUUAAGCACGUUAAGUCACAUAACAGUUGCUCCAGUAAUGUUACCCGAAUGUCUUUAUCCACAUGAUCCACCUUAGUAGGUGAGAACUAUGGUAGAAGCAUCAUUAAUGUCAUUUACUUAAUAAAAUUAUUUCUUAGCUAUGCAAAAUUUAAAUCAAGCACAAGAAUUAUGGCAGUCUCUAACAGAAUUACAUGAUUCUGAAAUGGUGUUUUUCGAGUACUUUGGUGGAUAGAUUUAUGAGAUAGCAGGAUAGGAUGAAGCAGCUUUGAAUAAGUUUCUUAGAGUGAAAUUUCAUACUGAUAAGUUAUAAGCAGAACAUCCAGAUAAAGCCUUACCUUAUUGUGGGAUUGGUUCAGUGUUGUAUCAUAUGCAGGAAUAUGAAUUGGCAGUAAGAGCAUUUAUGAAAGCAAGAAUGAUAAGAGAAAGUUCUAUUGGGGAUGAGAACAUCGAGAAUGCCAUAACAUUCAAUAAUUUAGGAUGUGCUUUGCAUUAGAAUGGCAAUUUGUUCGCUGCUGAGAAUUGUUACAUGUUUGCUAUAACUUUAUUAGAAAUCCAUUUGGGGACUAUGCAUGCAAUGACAAUGAAUGUGAAACGCAAUCUACAAAAAUUAAAAGCAAAUAAAUAUUGUAAAUAAUGAAAAAAAGAAUACUUGAACAUAUAUCAUUUAUAUAAUUUUAAAUUUUUGGUUAGAAUUAUUAUA